UCCAAAGUCCUCUCUUCCCCCGCUUUAGUUAUUUGAACCCAUCAUCCAAACUCUUCCAUGCAUCGAUCAGUGGGGAACAUAAUCGAGAUGGCCAGCGGCAAAACGAGGGAGGACGAGCGAGCAGGUGCCGAAAUUGUGUAUGGCUCUGAAGCCUGCUAUCGCCAUUCUAUCGAGAUGCUCCAGGAGCUGGGGUUUCCGAAGGGAGUCCUUCCCCUGCAAGAUCUUGAGGAGUGUGGCAGGGUUCGUGAGACGGGUUUCGUGUGGAUGAAACAGAAGGCUCCAUACGAGCACUUCUUCGUGGGAACCAAUACUCGGGUGAGCUAUGCCACCGAAGUUACGGCUUAUAUAGAGAAGUUCAAGAUGAAGAAGAUGACUGGCAUCAAGAGCAAGCAGGUGUUGCUGUGGGUUCCGAUCACAGAGAUGAGCAUCGAAGACCCAGCAAGCAAGAAGAUAUAUUUCAAGACAUCAGUGGGGAUUGGGAGAUCCUUUCCUUCCACCGCGUUUAUGUCAGAGGAAGAGAAGCACAAGUAUCUCCAGGAUUAGAAAAUUUCUCCAAUUAAUAAUCUACCAAUUAAGCUCUCCUUAAUUAUCGCUCGCUCACUUUGAUAGCUGGGUGAGCACAGAUUUCUAUUCUACAUCUUUGUUGGCUGUUUUCUGUUUAUGAUGAUUUUAGGCUGCUCCUGCUGUGUCUUCCUUUUUCAUUUUCUUAUUUAGGAUCGUUUGCAUCAACAACUUAAAAUAAAAUGAUACUUUCGAUUGCUGUGUCA